CACGAAUUCUGGGAGUUUCCAAUGGUCCAGCGAUUCUCAGUUCGUACGCCCGAAUAUCGAAAUACUAGAGGCGGCGAGGUGAAAUGAUGAGCGGAGAGACGGCAACUUUGAUGACGCGGCUCAAGGAGUGUUUGGCCAAGCCUCGCGACGGUGAAUCCGCAUGAACUACAAAUGUUUGAAGAAACGGCGAAACAGAUUCUGCCAGAGAGACGUCCAAGGGUUCCAGCUGUCAGAUACGGCUGUGGCUGACUGUCAAAGUGCUGCACAAUGUCGGAAUCACAGCCCUUUCCAGCUUUCAUCUGGUGGCCUGAUAUCGAAUGGGAUUGUUGAAAUUCAGGUCCUGAUUGACAGCAAGGGAUCUAAAAAUAAAACCUCUGGAGACAAAAGUUUGCGGCGCUAUGGUCGCAUGGAUGGUCGAGCGCUCACAUCAUUCGCCGUCCCAUCCCUGAUCUCCGGAGUGUUUCCCCUUUUCUUUUUCGAGGGCGUCCUGUCAUGCCGAUGUUGGGGAAACUCUCGAGUUUGUCGAAACUGAAACGAGGAUUUUCAUCUCUUCAGGCGUGCACUGUAUCAAGUCCCGAACGCAUCACAACCUCCUCUCCCGUCACAGCACCGCUUCUACCAA